AUGACUCUCCGUGUAAAGCGCGAGCCUUUGUCCAUUAUGCAUACGUCCUUUCAACCUUCUUCUGACGUCGCUGGUUUACUCGAAGACAGAAUCGACCAGGGUCGCUCCCCUAGAGCACUCACCACAUCUGUCGAGGUUCCGAUAGAGAUAUUGGAGAACAUCUUCGCCUUAGCAACCUUCAUCGACAAAGCCGAGAUAAACGUCUCAUAUGGCUGGGGGCCGCUGUCUACUUGGAGAAACUCGCGACGAACUGCGCGAGCUCUUACUGAGGUCUGCCACGGGUGGCGCGAAAUCGCUCUGCGUUUUUUGUACGCCCGUAUCGAGUUUAACUCUCUUACAGAACUCCCGGCAUUUUAUUCAACUCUGGCCGCCAAUCCGACCGUUUUCUGCCCACUAGUACGCAGCAUAUCAGUUCAAGCUCUCAUUCCAGUCGACGGUGUCCGCGUGGCCCAGCGAUAUCUCGACGAAAUCAUCACUCGCUGUCUUUGGUUGAAAAGCUUGAAAAUCACCAUUGAUGACUUCUCGGGCUGUGCAUUGCCUCUUUGGCAGCUCUGGGUAUCCCAUUCCUCAGCCCAGCUGUCCGAUCUACAACUUAGCAUAGACUGCGCAGGGUCUACAGAGGAGCAUCGUAGACUCUUCAAAGCGUUGUCGAGCGUCAACAACCUCACGUCCCUUACGUUAUCGUUCCCCAAUACCUCGGCAAGGCAGACCGCUGAUUUAACUACCUCACAAUCUCUUCACCUCCCUGCCCUGCGUCAAUUAUCUCUCUUUGUAUGGUCCCAAAAUGGCGCCAAGGUCCUUUCGAACAUCAUUGAGUCAUUCGUCAACCCUCAAAUCCUGUCGCUCACGAUAUGUUUAGUGAGGCCACCACAGAGGAUUCCAUACGAGCAAUACAAUUAUAGAGACAUUUCUGCACAGAUUCUUGUCAUUCUGUCGCUAACAGGCGACCAUCUACGCUACCUUCAUCUCGCAGACAAGACAAACGAGCCGGAUUAUGAUGAAGUCGCCAGCGGGUCACGCCACGCAUGGCACUGGGAGACUUUAUGGCGACACGAUCACUUUCAGCCUCUCAUCGACUUUUGUCCAUCACUCGAGCAUUUCAUCGCACCACUAUCCACUGCCAUCCCCUUCCUUUCGCUCCAUCACCAUCCCACCCUCAAAUGGGUUGACAUGUGGGUAUCGCCAGCCCAUAUCCACGAUGAUAUCGAUGACGAAGGCCUUCGAGGUCUCGUUACAGGCAUGCGUUCGUCGCCGCUUGUUCUCGAGGGAUGUAGACGGCUGGACUCAUCUCUGAACUUCUUCCUCCACCUUCCGGCGUUAUUUCCCCCUCGUCGCUCUUCAGCGGUGGCCGAGCUCCCUACCUUUUGGACCCUUGCCGACUCGGUCGGGAUCAUCGAGACUUCGAAUUCCUUGAAAGCGAACUUUGAACACGAUCAGUCUCUGUUUGUAGGUGGUCUCAUUGAUGAGACGGAGUCAAUACAUUUGACCGAUGAGUUGGAGAAUGCGGAAGACGAGGAAUCACCGAGAGCAAACGCGGAAGGCAACGAGGAAGCUGUCGCACGAAUCGUCAAUGGCGGGUACGAAGAUGAAACAUCCACAUUCCUCGCCAUUUUGAUGGACGAGUUGUCUGACUCGUCCUCUGAUGGGAGUGACGACUACGACGACGGCGAUUAUGUACCGUCGGAAAUAUCGCUUGGGAGCUCUUCAGAGUACUGGUCGGAGGAGGAAGACUUUCAGCCGCUACAGAAAGAUAAUAUGGAGGAGUAUUUCUCCUCAGGUUUGAAUGAGUUUGAGUUCUAG